AUGGCGUGCGACGAGGUGUCACCACCAAAAAAACGUUGGCAACAACGAAGUUGUUCAUCAACACCUUCACCAUUAUCAAUAGCACAAUUUACAUUAGAUGCAAGUCAAUGGCGUCAUCAGAGUGUACUUGUUCUUGAUAAUCAAAAUCUAAAUAUAUAUCAUAUGGGUAAUAUUCUUGAUAUAAUUGAUUCUCGUCUUAUUACAAUAUCACUUCGUGAUCAAGAAUCAUCAACAAUUAAUGUUGAUUUAUCAAAACCAAUUUGUAAUCAUUUACCAUCAAUUAUAAUUGAUAAUAUCCCGGCAUGUCAAGAUCUUGUUAUCAAUACACAAGUAUGCGUUCGACGAAUAAAAACUAGUAAAUUAAAUCAAUUUCAAUGUGGUCGAAUACGAGCUAAACAUCCGACACGUUUAGAAUUUUCAAUUGAUUUAAAUACUACACAUAACAAUAAUAAUAAUAAUAAUGGUGAUGAAAUUGAUCAAGAUGAAAAUGAUAAAGAAGAUUUAUGGUUCACAAGACAAAAUAUUCGUUUAUUAAUUGAACCAUGGCAUGAAGAGUUACGUCUUUAUCGUGAAAAUUUACCUAUGUCAACUAUGUUUCGACCAAUAUCAGUUGAAUUAUCAACAAAUAAUAAUAAUGAUGAACAACAAAAGAUAGCAUUUCCAACACCACCAAUUGAAAAUAAAGAUGAAGAUGAUGAAGAAGUCGAAAGAGAAUUACAAAAACAUGAACAAGCAGCUAAUAAAUUACAAGGAAUAAAAAAAGGAGAUAUAUUUACAAUGAGUAGUACGGGAAUACGUAAAAAAUUUAAUGGAAAACAAUGGCGUCGCUUAUGUGGUAUUGAUCAAUGUCAAAAAGAAUCCCAACGACAUGGUUUUUGUUCAAAACAUUUAUCACAAAUGCGUGAACCAAAUGCUUUUUCUCAACAAAUGCAACGAUUUGUUGGUUCAAUGGGAAAUUUUCAUCAUAUUACUGCUUUUCCAUUUCUUGCAGAAAUUUAUCAACAUCGUUUCGAUUAUACUCCUAUAUUACCGCCACCUCCACCACCGCCACCAUCAGUCAUACCAUCAAUUUAUCAUUCGACGGUUCCAGUAUUACCAACUACAUUAAAUACAAUUUCUUCACUUCGAUCUUAUUCAACACCAUCCCCAUCAUCGACAACAUCGUUACUAGUCAAUCCAAAUCAAUCACCUAGUGCUUUCGUACCACUUAUACCGGUUGUUCGACAACAUUCCGUCGAUUUAACUCCACCACCAUCAUCUUCAUCAUCAACACCCGUUCUAUCAAUUAAUACGAAUUCAUCUGUUCGUCGAUCAACUGACGAUGAUGAUUCAGAUAUUGAUAUUGAAACGCUACCAUCACCUACCAGUAAACGACUUCGUUGCGAUAAUUAUGAAAAUGGCAAGUACAAUUAUAAUACAAAUAAAUAA